GCCUCUCCCUUGUACCGCUUGGUGGCGCUGCUCUCCCGCGAAGUGUCUGAGGCCGCGCUCUCCCCAUCGCCGCCGCCGCUGUCGCCGCUUCCAUUGGAGCCGCCAGAGACAAAUUGGCGCCAUUUUGAAGCUCUGGGACCGUAACCACGGUGAGGGUGACACGGACGGUGAAGAGGAGCAGAGAGCAGUCGGUGGGGGGGUCUGAAAACUGCGACACCGAGGGCUGCAGGCGAGUGAAGGAAAGCAACUCUUUGUGCCACCAUGGCUCAUUCGAAAACGAAGGGCAAUGAUGGGAAGAUCACAUAUCCACCGGGAGUCAAAGAGAUCUCAGACAAAAUUUCAAAAGAGGAAAUGGUUAGACGACUUAAGAUGGUUGUAAAAACCUUCAUGGAUAUGGAUCAAGACUCUGAAGAGGAGAAGGAGCACUAUCUAAAUCUUGCUCUUCAUCUAGCAUCUGACUUUUUUUUAAAGCAUCCAGAUAAAGAUGUCCGCUUGCUUGUAGCCUGUUGUCUUGCAGAUAUUUUUAGGAUUUAUGCCCCAGAAGCUCCAUACACUUCUCCAGAUAAACUAAAGGAUAUAUUUAUGUUCAUUACACGACAGCUUAAAGGUCUUGAGGAUACAAAGAGUCCUCAGUUCAAUAGAUACUUUUAUUUGCUGGAGAAUAUUGCAUGGGUGAAAUCAUACAAUAUAUGCUUUGAAUUGGAGGACAGCAAUGAAAUUUUCACCCAGCUGUAUCGGACCUUAUUUUCAGUAAUCAACAAUGGCCACAACCAGAAAGUUCAUAUGCAUAUGGUGGAUUUAAUGAGCUCAAUCGUUUGUGAAGGGGACACAGUUUCUCAGGAAUUACUGGAUACAGUACUGGUAAAUCUGGUUCCUGCACACAAGAAUUUAAACAAACAAGCAUAUGACCUGGCUAAAGCUCUGCUGAAGAGAACUGCCCAAGCUAUAGAACCAUACAUUACAAAUUUUUUUAACCAAGUCCUCAUGCUUGGGAAAACAUCCAUCAGCGACUUGUCUGAACAUGUGUUUGAUUUGAUCCUGGAAUUGUAUAACAUUGAUAGCCAUUUGCUCCUUUCUGUCUUACCUCAGUUGGAGUUUAAACUUAAGAGCAAUGAUAAUGAAGAACGACUUCAGGUAGUAAAACUUCUUGCAAAAAUGUUUGGAGCAAAGGAUUCUGAAUUGGCAGCUCAGAACAAACCUCUUUGGCAGUGUUACCUGGGCAGGUUUAAUGAUAUACAUGUACCUAUACGCCUGGAAUGUGUGAAGUUUGCCAGUCACUGCUUAAUGAACCAUCCAGAUUUAGCCAAGGAUUUAACAGAGUAUCUAAAAGUGAGGUCCCAUGACCCUGAGGAAGCCAUUAGACAUGAUGUCAUUGUGUCUAUAGUAACUGCUGCAAAGAAAGACCUUCUUCUCGUUAAUGACCAACUUCUUAAUUUUGUUCGGGAAAGAACUCUAGAUAAGCGGUGGAGAGUAAGAAAAGAAGCAUUGAUGGGCCUAGCUCAGAUCUAUAAGAAGUAUGCAUUGCAGGCAGAAGCUGGAAAAGAGGCUGCAAAACAAAUUUCCUGGAUUAAAGAUAAACUUCUUCAUAUUUAUUAUCAGAACAGUAUCGAUGAUCGGUUGCUGGUAGAACGGAUUUUUGCACAAUACAUGGUUCCCCACAACUUAGAAACUACAGAGAGAAUGAAGUGCUUAUAUUAUCUGUACGCGACAUUGGACUUAAAUGCUGUUAAAGCAUUGAAUGAGAUGUGGAAGUGUCAGAAUAUGCUCAGACAUCAUGUAAAGGAUUUGUUGGACUUGAUCAAACAGCCUAAAUCUGAGUCUGGGAGUAAAGCAAUUUUUUCUAAAGUGAUGGUCAUUACACGAAACUUACCAGAUCCUGGUAAAGGUCAAGACUUUUUAAAGAAAUUUACCCAAGUUUUAGAAGAAGAUGAAAAAAUUAGAGGUCAGCUGGAGAAGCUUGUCAGUCCAACCUGUUCCUGCAAGCAGGCAGAAGUUUGUGUGCGUGAUAUAACAAAGAAACUGGGCAAUCCUAAGCAGCCAACAAACCCUUUUCUGGAAAUGAUGAAGUUUCUGCUUGAACGGAUCGCACCUGUGCACAUAGAUACAGAAUCAAUAAGUUCCCUCAUUAAGCUGGUUAAUAAAUCAAUAGACGGCACAGUGGAUGAUGAAGAGGAAGGCGUGCUGACAGAUCAAGCCAUCAGGGCAGGCCUAGAAUUGCUUAAGGUGCUGUCUUUUACACAUCCCAUCUCAUUUCAUUCAGCUGAAACCUUUGAAUCCCUCUUAGCUUGUCUUAAGAUGGAUGAUGAGAAGGUGGCUGAGGCGGCUCUGCAGAUAUUCAAAAACACUGGGAAUAAAAUUGAAGAUGACUUCCCACACAUUAGAUCAGCACUGCUUCCUGUUUUACAGCAGAAAGCUAAAAAGGGACCUCCUCGACAAGCCAAGUACUCGAUUCACUGUAUCCAUUCAAUAUUUUCCAGCAAAGAAACACAGUUUGCUCAAAUAUUUGAGCCAUUACACAAAAGCCUUGAUCCCAGUAAUCCAGAACAGCUUAUCAUAUCCCUCAUAACAAUUGGUCACAUAGCUCAAAUGGCACCUGAUCAAUUUGCAGGCCCACUGAAGUCAAUGGUAGCAAACUUUGUUGUAAAAGACUUGUUAAUGACUGACAGAUGUCCAGGCAGAAAAACCACUAAACUGUGGGUUCCUGAUGAGGAAGUGUCACAAGAGACAUUGGUUAAGAUUCAGGCAAUUAAGAUGAUGGUGCGUUGGCUAAUUGGGAUGAAAAAUAACCAUAGUAAAUCUGGAACAUCUACAUUACGGCUUCUAACAGCCAUUUUACAUGCUGAUGGAGAUUUAACAGAACAUGGAAAGCUGAGUAAACCAGACAUGUCACGGCUGCGGCUAGCAGCUGGUUGUGCAAUUGUGAAGCUAGCACAGGAGCCAUGUUACCAUGAAAUCAUCACCCUAGAACAGUAUCAGCUGUGUGCGCUCGUAGUCAAUGAUGAGUGUUAUCAAGUCAGACAGCUCUUUGCACAAAAGCUACACAAAGGCUUGGCUAGAUUACGUCUUCCACUUGAAUAUAUGGCAAUUUGUGCCCUGUGUGCAAAAGAUCCUGUAAAAGAGAGAAGAGCACAUGCCAGGCAGUGUCUGGUGAAAAAUAUUAAUGUUAGGAGAGAGUACCUGAAACAGCAUGCUGCAGUAAGCGAAAAGCUGCUUUCUCUCCUGCCUGAAUAUGUUGUUCCGUACACAAUUCAUCUUCUUGCGCAUGAUCCAGAUUAUGUGAAAAUUCAAGAUAUAGAACAACUUAAAGACAUUAAAGAGUGUCUAUGGUUUAUUUUGGAGAUCUUAAUGUCUAAAAAUGAAAACAACAGCCAUGCCUUCAUAAGAAAAAUGGUGGAAAACAUAAAGCAGACAAAGGAUGCUCAAGCUCCAGAUGACCCAAAAAUGAAUGAGAAACUAUAUACAGUUUGUGAUGUGGCAAUGAACAUAAUCAUUUCUAAGAGUACAACUUAUAGUUUAGAAUCUCCUAAAGAUCCAGUAUUACCGGCACGUUAUUUCACACAGCCAGACAAGAAUUUCAGCAACACCAAAAAUUAUCUUCCUGCUGAUAUGAAAUCAUUUUUCACACCUGGAAAGCCGAAGUCCACAAAUGUUCUCGGAGCAGUAAACAAGCCUCUGUCCACAGCAGGGAAACAAACGCAGUCAAAGUCAUCUAGGAUGGAGACUGCAAGCAAUGCAAGUAGUGGUUCUAAUCCAAGCUCUCCAGGAAGGAUUAAGGGAAGACUUGACAGCACUGAACUUGAUCAUAGUGAAAAUGAAGACUAUUCAAUGAUGUCUUCUCCAUUGUCCGUUAAGAAAGUUGAUAAGAGAGAUGACUCUGAUGUAGAAAAGCCAAGAGGACGUAAAAAACAAUCUCUCCUAGACCAAGAUGAUAGUUUAAGUAUGGAUGAACUCUCUAAAUCUGUUCAGGAAUCAAAACCCAGGGGUGGCCAGCGUGGUAGAAAGAGAGCAGCAGCUGCUUCUGAGUCUGACGACCAACAGUGGCCUGAUAAAACGUUAAAGGAAGAUUUGCUUGAAUUUGAAGAUGAACAAAAUAGUCCACCUAAAAAAGCAAGACGUGGAAGACCUCCAAAGUCCGCUAAGCCAGCACCAACAAAGGAGGAGCCAGCACCAAAGACUCCUAGGAGGGGGAGAAAAAAAUCUGUCCCUGUAGAAAUCCCCCAAGAAGAUGAAGAGGAAGCACUGGAUAUCAGUGAAGAACAAGAUACUGAAAAUGUAGAACAGAAAAAAAGGGGAAGGGGCGCAAGAGCUCCUCGAAAAUCUGCACAAAAAGCUGACCAGUUAGAAUCUACUUUGGAGUUAUCUCCAGUUAUACCACAGAAAAGACGGGGCAGACCACCCAAAAAUCCUCAAGUACAGGAGAAGAAAGGUAAUGUAGGUCGACCAAGAAAAAUAGUGAGUAAAGAUCCUGAAUCUGAUGAAGAAAUGGAUAUACCCCAGAGUAGUCCAGCUCUUAGUGAGGCAUCCAGGGAAGAGGAGGAGACAGAAGAGGAAGAAGUAACGCCUGCACCAGUACGGCGUCGAUCUGCUAAAAAACGAUGAAGGAACAGAAACUGCUUUCCUGGAAGAAAAGUAAAGAAAAUGUCUGUUGUACAAUGAAGUAGGACUGAGGCGGUUCAUGUACACAGUGGGGUCAUGCACUGACAACAAGAAUGGACGUCACACCCCUGCAACUGCAGCCACAAUUGUUUAUCAUUCGCUAUGGAAAGUUAUGUGGUUUAUAACGUGUGCUGGACAUGUAGACCUAAAAUUGUACAUAGCCCCUUUUUUAUGCGUCAUAAAGUGCUUGUAUAGCUUUUAUUUUGCAGCUUUAACUGACAAAAACAGAUGGUCAUCUGGUUUUUCCAAUAUGACGGAUGAAAAUGAAGCAAUAUUUGCCAUUGUGUUUGUAGUAAUUUCUUCGGCCAUUUACUGUGAAAGAAUUCAUUUUGGGAAGUGUCAUAUUUUAUCAACAAAGGUUUUUUUUUUUGUUGUAAGUCAAAUGGUCUUGCAACUUUCAAUUAUUUAAUCCUCUGUGAAUUUUUGGCCGCCUUUUUGGUCUUUUCAUGGUGCUUCAUUCUUCUUUUUUUUUAUUUUUUAUUCAGAAACCUUAUGUCCAAUAGGAUGACACAGCCUGACAAAGUCAGAUUGUUGUCAUUUUUCACCUCAGUAUUGUUGCCAGACCUGGCUGGCUGUAUUGUGGCAUUGCAAAACUGUAUGGAAAAUGAUUUUAAACUAUUAUAAUUUUUAAAGUGUUUGUGCUAUGAAAAUAAUGUAUUAAAGACGCUACCUAUUUUAUUCCCCUUCGCUCUAGUUUGAUGUAGUUUGCAUUAAGCAUGUGUUUUGGGGGAGGUUCAUAUUAUUUAAUUUUUUAAAGAUUUGAAAGUAGUUUUUUAGUUUGGUAAAAGCACCUAAAGAUGAUGAAUGUGGGAAGAAAAGUAAAGCAAAAAAAAGUAGGUUUGUGGGUUAGCUUUGGGCUAUUGUAUGACUUGAGUUGUCAUACCUUCAUAGGUAAUUGUGACUUAUGCAACUUGCAAUGCUAAAAUGUAAUAAAAUACACUUGCUUAGAGCAGCACAAAUAGAGGGUCUAUAAGCUGAGCCUUUAGAAAGCUGUGUGACCAAAUAAGCUUAGGAUAGCACUGAGCAGCUUGCAUCUUUUUGUUAUACAUUAAAGCUGUUGGGAGCUCACAACACAUUUUAGUUAAAGGUAAUUUUGUCAGCUGUAUUUGCUGCGGACACAAGUGUAAGUGUAUCAAAGCAAACUGUACCUUUCCUGGUGCUGAUAGUGGUUGCCAAACUAAAAAAUUCACCUUUUUAUUUCUCAGCCAAGUGUUAAGGAGGCAUGGCCGGGCUGCUUAAAUGCCCCAGCCUGGCAUGCCUUCUUGUUCCCUUCUAGUCUCCCACACUCUCCUUGAUUGAACAGAUCUCUUUUCUCAGAUCUAUUGUGCAAACUUGACAGCUGUCAUGCUAGUCACACUUGCCAGCAGGUGCUGAAGCAGGAAGAAUAGUGACAUGUUUUCCUCCCCUGCCCUUUUCAUUCCAGCAACUCAACUUUAUUUGAAAGGUUUUCUGAAGGGGUCUGCUGUGGCUCCACACUAUGACUUAGUGCCUGGUAGCUUUGUAAUAGAAUUAGAAGAU